GCUCUGGCUCAAAAGGUACAACAUUACCUAGUUUUGCAGAAACGGUGUUAUUGUCCCUAUGCCCACUGUAAUGAAGACUGUUCUUGCCGAACGUAGAUUGAGACCUACAGUGUAUAAUGCUGCACUGUAAAAACCACUAUCUGGCGCAUGUUAUCGGGCAUUGCUUCUAUAGUUUAUGUCCUCCUUGUGUAUGUAUGUAUGUACCAAGGGCUCUGGAGUUCAUCUGUGUGUUUCUGGAGAGUGCGGUGGGAGGGGAGGAGGAUCUGGUCAAGUGUGCCAACAAGGCUUAUGACGAGUCCCUCAGGAAGUACCAUGGCUGGAUUGUCAAAGGCAUCUUCAGUGUUGCAGUACGAGCCGUGCCAUAUCACAAGGACUUUGUGACAGCACUCAAGAAAGAUGCAAGUGUGAGCAGCGAGACGUUGUACGGUGACAUGCAGGCCGCCCUGACACCACUUAGGGAGACCAUCAAUGAGCUCAACAGGCUGGCGUGUCAGUGCAAUGUAGUAGGUAGGAUGGCGGGAGAAGACGAGAGGUUGGCAGACACCCCGUGGUGGAAGGAAGGGGGUGCUGACGAUCUGGAUGAAUCGCUAACGUACCCACCAGAACUCCUGGGCACAAGCUGGGGCUCUUACCUCGCCAGCUUGCCGCCCACGGCUCUUCCGGUUGGGAGGAAGGUAGUUCUAGCCGGGAAAGACGAACGAACGGCCACCCAGAACGGGGAUAAACACGGUACGUCGCCUCUAAGAGGCUCCCCAAGAAGAAGUACUCUUCGGAAGAAGGACAGUUCAACUCCUGCGGAACCGGUCGCGGGGACUCGACGGUCCCAGCCCCACCCACAUUCCCUCCAGCGGCUUUCCACAGCUCUGCAACGGGCAUUGCACUCGCUGGUCUCCUGCGGAAUCGAUGCCUCUCCUCUUUCCCGUGCUUCAGCCGCAGUAAACGAGUUCCAGACGCAGCAGGGAGGUAGCAGUGGGAUUGUUGUGACAUCAGCAACAGAAAUGACCGUGGAAGAGACUGUACUGGAGGCUCUGGCGUGUCAGGCCAAGAUUAUAGAGGAGCAUGCCAUGUCGCUAAAGCACACUGCUGCAGUCCUAACUAGGAACCAGAAACAGUUUGCUAAGGAUCAACUGGACAUGCAGCAAACGAUCGAGGCAGCUUUCUCACAAAUUGUGGCACAACAGAAACUCUUGGAGGAAAGGAAAGAUGCAUUCAUUAAGGAGGACACUUUAUAUCACCAGAAACAGAAAACAUAUACAGUGGGCCUAAGGGAAGGCCAGCACAGACUAGCUCUGAUGCAGACACGGAAAGAUCACUCAAGACUGGAAAAGGCUCUUUUACAGCAGCAGAGAGACCUCAGGAGACUCGAGGAAGCCUACAAGAUCACAAAAGCAGAGCUCGCUGCAGACCAGUACAAUUCCAAGGAGUUAUACAAGAAAACAGCUAAAUCAGAUAUUUCCAGGUCCUGGCACAGGAGAGUUUUUGGGCUGCAAGAUAAAUUUCACAAGCACAACAAAGAACUGCAGAAGUUGGUGGAUCAACUGGAGGCCAGCAGACGAGGGAUUGGCAGAGACUGGAUCAAGACUCAGAGCCAGUGAGAGGGAGGCCCGGGUCCCUGUCACCUCUCACAGCCCAGCUGUUGGCUCUUCACUUCACCUCCCUUGCAUCAGCUCAACAUUAAGAAAUCAGAAGAAAGCUGCCUCAUCAACUCAAACCUCACUGCCUCUAAUAAACACGCAUGGACUUCAUAAACCAAGACCUCGUGGACAGGACAAGAAAAGUGGAAACCUCUCUUGCUCAGAGCUAAUGGAGUUAGCUCACUUCAGGAGCCCCAAGGUAGCCAGAGAGGUCAUGAACUGGCUAGAAAAAGAGGGUGCGAUUUCAGAUGAAUAAUGAUGCCAGUCUCUCUUGAUUAAUGAUUUUGAAGAAGAAUAAAUGAUGACAUACAGUAUAGCUAUCAGUAGACAUGCACCAUUCCGUAGAGAAAUGUCCACAGCAGGACGUAAGUGAAUAAUCCACCCAGCACUCCAUUAAACCAGACGGAAGAGCUGGACUGGAAAUACUUCGUAGAAUUUCGACCAGCCUUCACGGCCAACAUCACAGAUAGGAAAACAGAGUAGGCGAAGUAGAAGAGAAAGCCGUAGAGUCCGGUUAACCCCAGGACACCGGCAGUGGCUCCUCCUAUGACCGCCCCAGAGGUGCGACAGUAGUCCACUAUGGCUGCAUUGCGUUUGAUGGCGCUGUCGUUGUAUACAGUCUCCUUCAGUCCCCCCAUAGCAGCACCGCUGCACGUUUAGAGUUCAAGGUU